GCAACCAUGAAGACAGUGGUAUAUUUCUUUGCUUUAUCUAUAUCGGUGGCGUUUUGUGAAAUCAGUAAGCGUGAUUUACUAGAAAUCCUCGGGAUUAUUCAUAAAGACCCAGGUUUUCCUACGCUUCCGAUGGAUACUCAGCUUACCAUUGUUGAGUUGGUUGCAGCAGCUGAAAAUGGGGUCCUUGUGCCCUAUGUAGAUGGAAAAGGAUUUCUAAACGUUUUGAAGGCUUUGAAUGUUGGAACAUCCAUUCAACAGAAAAGCCUCGAAACGUAUCUUUUAAUGCAUAUGAAUAUGGAGUACAGUAAAACAACCACACCAUCUACGACUACAACAACAACGACAACCACAACAACUACAACAACACCUAAACCACAAGUUGUUGGAGUAGGCAGUGGCCCGCUUGGUAAAAGGGACACUGAUAACUACCUUCAACAUUCCAUACUGAACAGCCCAGCAUUCCAGCACCUACCAGAGGACAAGAAACAGAUUAUCCACCGAGUGUUGGAUUCCGUCAGUAAUCAUCAUCUAACACAAACCAUAUUCCUACAACAAGGCAUAGACUUCAUCCAUACACUAAGGCUACCAGCUGAUCUUGCUCAUAAACUCACUUUACUCAUUAUGCAUGAACUUAUGCUUGAGGGACAUGGCACAAAAUUUGAACACAAGGGCGACGACGAUAAGUAAUGAUGUA